AUGGCUGUGCAUAAUUUUUUGAGACAACACGACAGAGUCAAUGAAUGUUUUCGCAUUGUGGAGGAAGACGACGACAAGGAAGUUGAGGUCGAUCUUCCAGACGAGGCACACGAAAUUGCGGACGAGGAGGACGCGAUUGGGGACGAGGACGGAAAGAAGAAUGCGGAGCACCCCGAAGAAGUCGAUCAAGACGAUGACGACUUUGGGUUAAGCGGCAGCCGCCUAAGUGGUCGUCUGUUGACCACUCUUAUCUUCCUCCGCCUCAUUGGUCACGACCACGAUAACCUCUUCGUCGCUGCUAAGGCUAUCCAUGCAAUCGACAUGUCCUUUCUCAUUUACAAACUCGCCCAAGAGAAAACCUGCGUCGGUAAUAAAAAUUUGUAG